AUGGCGUUUUUCAUCGAAAUUAGUGUAGCAGCGAUCGCGGUGUUUCUGAUUGCGGUGGCGAUGGAAUCGGACGGCCGAGAGCUGCGGCCGUCCGAUCACGGCCUCGUGUACCAGGACCAGGCGCCGGCGAGCGCGAAGUCGCCGACGGAAGAGAAGUCGUUCUUCGUCGGGGGAGGAGGAGGAGAGAAUUCGCCGGCGGCGGGUGACGCGGCACUGCCGAAGCCGAAGGCGAUGAACUCGAGCGACGAGUCGUGGUGGAAGGGCGUGGUGGCACGUGACGGUGGGCGGGGUAGAGAUCUCGUGAGGGACGUGCUGCUGGUGGCGAGCUUAAUUUGUGGGAUUGCCGGCGUGGCUCUGUUUGUGGCCUCUGCUUUCGUUUACGUCUUAAGGUACCGAAAGCAUAAAUCUUUACCGUCAGAAGCUCCGUCAUCGUGA